AUGUCAUACCAGGAUCAAGAGGCUUUGCGAAGGGCCGAUCGCCGUGCUCAAGCGCUUUCCAAGUUCACGCAGGCAUGGAAUGAAUCACUGGGCCGCCUUGCAACGCGUGAUGAUUAUGAAGGCUACAGUGCAGCCUUGGCCAGGGACGAUCUAUACGCCCAAUUUCUGAAAAACGAAGAAUACGUCAGAUUGAUCCAAGAUGAGACUUACAAAGCAGACUGCAGCCUUUGGUCGUUCCAACACGAGACUCAGUUAGAUACCGCCAGUACCAAAUGUUCAGCAAUGAAAUCGCGAGCUGUGCUCCAAAGUAGUCACAAGGGACAACAUGAGACGAUGAUGUCAGGAGUUUCUCCCUCCUGGGUCUUGGUGGAUCAAUCCCCGUUGGCCGUCUGGCUAAACAGCGUUCAUGUCUGGGAAGGCAGUUGGUCGCAGACCCAUUCUCACGAAGGCUCUUCGUCAGAGAUCCAGUCGCGAGCUGCUAAAACUGCCUUUGAAUCAGCCUGGGAUUCGGCGCUAUCGAAGUCUAAAGAGAUAGGUCCAGACUCGAUCACGCAACACAAGAUAGCCGCCGUUCACGACUGCGAAACCGACGUGCCAGACGUUGUCUCUCAUCUCUACCUAUCUUUUCGCACGCCGGCUCGUAACAACUAUGAUGAUGGCUGGCGUACGUUUAAAAGUGAACCGACCGUUUGGUCACGAGACUCUAGAAAGAAUGUUACUCAAGAUGGUGACUAUUCCGAUAUUGAUGCUGAUGACGAUGGUGAGAAUGAUCGUCGUGUUGACUCUUCAAGAACUAGUGCUGCUGGUGGUGACAAUGGUUGGACGAAGGCACAGGCAGCGCAGACUCCUCAGGAGGUUCUCGGCGAGUCUUGGAACAGUGGCACCCAAAGUGCCACACCGACCGACUUUGCAGUGUGA